GCUUGUGGGGUUAUAGUGGAACUGAUCAAAAGCAAGAAAAUGGCAGGCAGAGCGCUGUUGGCAGGACCUCCUGGAACCGGCAAGACUGCUUUGGCUUUAGCUAUUGCUCAGGAACUGGGAAGCAAAGUUCCCUUUUGUCCUAUGGUUGGAAGUGAGGUCUAUUCCACUGAGAUCAAGAAAACAGAAGUUCUAAUGGAAAACUUUCGACGUGCAAUUGGGUUGAGGAUUAAAGAGACCAAGGAGGUUUAUGAGGGAGAGGUCACAGAACUAACUCCAUGUGAGACUGAAAAUCCUAUGGGGGGUUAUGGCAAAACAAUCAGCCAUGUUAUUAUAGGACUCAAAACCGCAAAGGGAACCAAACAGUUGAAGCUGGACCCGAGCAUAUUUGAGAGCCUGCAGAAGGAGCGAGUGGAAACUGGUGACGUUAUUUAUAUUGAGGCAAACAGUGGAGCCGUCAAGAGGCAGGGCAGGUGUGAUAUCUAUGCUACGGAAUUUGACCUUGAAGCUGAAGAGUAUGUUCCCUUGCCAAAGGGUGAUGUGCACAAGAAAAAGGAAAUUAUUCAGGAUGUCACCCUGCAUGACUUGGAUGUGGCCAACGCUCGACCUCAGGGUGGGCAAGACAUCCUUUCAAUGAUGGGACAACUCAUGAAGCCUAAGAAAACCGAAAUUACUGACAAACUUCGAGGAGAGAUAAAUAAGGUGGUAAAUAAAUACAUCGAUCAAGGCAUCGCAGAGCUGGUCCCAGGUGUACUCUUUGUGGAUGAGGUUCACAUCCUGGAUAUUGAAUGCUUCACGUACCUGCACCGAGCGCUGGAAUCUUCCAUUUCCCCCAUUGUCAUCUUUGCUUCCAAUCGAGGAAACUGCGUUAUCAGAGGCACAGAGGAUAUAGUGUCUCCUCAUGGAAUACCACUGGACCUGCUGGACAGAGUAAUGAUUAUCCGCACCGUGCUGUAUACACCCCAAGAAAUGAAGCAGAUCAUAAAACUUCGUGCUCAGACAGAAGGGAUUAAUAUUAGUGAAGAAGCUCUGAACCACUUAGGGGAAGUUGGUACCAAGACAACUUUAAGGUAUGCUGUGCAGUUACUGACCCCAGCUAACCUCCUUGCCAAGAUUAAUGGGAAGGACAGCAUUGAGAAAGAGCAUAUUGAAGAAAUAAAUGAACUCUUCUAUGAUGCCAAAUCCUCAGCAAAAAUCUUGGCUGAUCAACAGGAGAAGUACAUGAAAUGAAGAGCUUAUCAGUACAUGCUUUGAAGUGGGUUUAACCCUUACCCAGGGCUGGCUUAAUUACAGAAUUAGAAAUGUUAAUGGUUUGUCUCUUUUGGGACUGAAAAAUACUUAAAUGUUGGACUGCUUUGCCAGGCCGGAAUUAGCCAUCAGGUGUUCCCACCUCCUUAUGGACAAUAAGAUGCUCUGUGAUGUCUGUGUAACAUCUUAGUCUCCUUUUUAUGAGUAUGUAUAUGACAUGCAUAGCUCUUGACCCCUUGGUUUUGCCUUUAGAUUUCAUUACAGAACAGCUCUAACUGAGGUUGAUGCUUAACAGUCUAUUUUCUUUAUGAAUGUUGUUUUAAAAUAGUUUCCUUUUACAGCUGAGAGUUUUUGAGUUUGAAUCCAAGUUUGUCUGAAGUGCUUUAUAAUAAAAUAUUUCAGGUAUAUUGGAA